GUGUGUGUGUGUGUAUACUAAUUAUUUUUUAUAACUUUAUAUAUAAGUCACAAAGAGUAGAUUUAAUAUGAAAGCUGUAAAAGUUACUUGUAAUGGGGAGUCAAAAAUUGUUGUUGCCACAUCCAAUGAUCUAAAUGCAUUUAUGGCAAAUAUAUGUUCUACUUUUAAUGUUCCAAACAUAUCAAAUUUAAAAUGGCUUGGUUUUGCAGUAAGCACUUCAACUUUUCCUGCAGUAAUAUGUGAGCAAUCGGUAGAAAUGACAGUAGAAGUUUCCAGUUUUAUUGAUAUUUCAAAUAGCUAUCCAUUAAACGGGUUUUUAGCUCAUUUAGAAGACUUUAACAAUUCAGAAAGAAAUCAAAUUAAUUCUGCUCUCAAUACAGAUCAACACAUCUCCUUCAAUCCCUCUCUUAAUUAUCAAUCACAAUCAUCAUUAAAAAAUUAUUCAGCUUGCUCUACAACAUCAUUAACAAAUAUAUCUAUAGAAACUGAGAGUGGUACAGAGUUAGUUGCAGACUCAUCCAGCUGCAAUAGACCUCAAAUAACCAAAAGAAAGGUAACAUUUUAUUGUGCUAAUUGUCCUUUUAUUUCAGAUACUUACACUUUAAUAAGAAAUCAUUUAAAAUUACAUGGUAAUUGUGCCGCAGUGUUUUGUAUUAAUUGUUUUUCCAAGUUUAAAAGUUUAUAUGGUUAUCAAAAGCGCAUUGCUAAUUGUACUAAAGAAAAUAAUACUUUUGAUAAUAACACUGAACCUAAUAUAAUAGUUGAUCAAAUAGUGUAUGAUAAUGUUGAUGAUUUAAAUAAUGAUUAUCUUGGUAUGUUAGCUUUACAUUUGCAGUAUAAGUACAGAUGUUCUCAGACUGUUUUAGAUGUUAUAUUUUCAACUUUAAAAGAGCUAUUUACUGACCCAAUUUAUGAUGUAAAGAAACUAAAUGAUUCCUGUAAAAAAUUAUCAUCACAAUAUUAUCGUGAAAAAUAUUUUAAAAAUGUAUUUUCUAUGCCUACUAUAAAGAUUGUUGGUAAAGGAUCAGUUGUUCCACUUAUGACGAUGCUAGAGUUUUUAUUACUUAUUUACUUAAAGAUUUUAAAGAAACGAUACAACUAUUAUAUACAGGUGUAAAAAUAAGUAUUGCUGGAAAGUUAAUGACAGUUACAGCUGAGGUUUUAUACUUUUCUGGGAAUUCUUUAGCAGCAAAUUCAAUCGGAGGAUUUAAAGAAGGAUUUAGUCAAAAAACUGUUCGCUGCUGUAGGCGGUGUAGUUCUACACGGGCUGAAAUGAUUGAGUUUACAACACAUGAAGAGUGUCUGAUUCGAAAUUUGCCUGAACAUGUCAUACAUUUAAAUGAAUUGAAUUCUGGGCUAAGUAAAACUGAUAGAACAAAAUGGUCAAGAAAUUAUGGUAUUGUUAACUUUAGUAUUUUAUCAGAUAUUCCAAAUUUCGAUGUCACCAAGCAGUUGCUUUUUGAUCCAAUGCAUGAUUUAUUGGAAGGGGUUGUGCCAUUACAUCUAGAAUUAUUUUUACUGUACUGUAUACCAGAAAAGUUUCUCUUAGCUGAUCUUAACCAAUGGCUUCAAUCAUAUAAAUAUCCUUUUGGUAUUGAAAAGCCUGGUAUUAUUUUACCUUCACUUAAAAUCCGAGGACAAUUUGGUAGUGGACAAAUAUUAACUCUCUCUCGUGUGCUGUGUUUUUAUUUAUUAAGAUUUAUGGAUUUAUCUGAUCCUCAUCUUUCAUGCUUAGUUAAACUUAUACAAAUAGUGCAGCUAUGUAUGUCUCCGUUAGUAACUGAUAUUUAUAUUAAGGGCCUAAGGGUUUGUAUUCAAGCACAUCAUUGCAGUUUCCUUCAAUUAUAUUCAAACAGUUUUAUUCCAAAACUACAUUUUCUUGUACACUAUCCAUCACAAGCAUCUCAAUUUGGCUCAUUACGUGGGCAUCUCUGUCUUGCAUUUGAACGUAAACAUCAAGUAAUAAAAAAUUUCAGACAUUUCAAUUUUAAAAACAUUCCAUAUUCAGCUUGCAAAGCAAUGAUUGUAAAUACAACUGGAUUGUUUUUUAAUUCUUUUGGUGAAAGACGAUGUGAUGUUUAUGGAGAGGUUGAUCAAUUAAAGUUUAAAGAUGGUUUGAUUUCAAGUGCAGUCAUUAAUGAAAUAUUUUAUAAGCAAGGUGACAUUGUUUCUGACACAAAUGAAAAUAAAUUAGAGUUCUAUAAAAUUCUUGAAAUUUUAACAGAAAAUGAAAAACGUAUUUUCAAAGCGCAAAAGUUAAUUAUUAAACGUUAUUCUGCAUUUGUAUUCACAAUAUAUAUUCUUUAACAGAUUGAGCUGCAGAAGAAUAAGCCUUCAACUCAAGUUUUAGCAAUUUUAAAUCGGAAUUUGUUUGAGCCCCAGAUAUUUAAAAGCAUCCCGAUUCAACUGCAAUUAUCUCCAUCUCUUCUUAUAAGCGAGUUUUGCAGGCUUUAUCCCAUGUUUGCAGAUUUCGAAAGUAAUUCUAAAGAGUUUUGCAAUUUAGUUUUUUCCGAUGGGUCGGUUUUUUUGAAUUUAAUAAAAUUUCAAAGUGAUGUCUCCUGUAAAAAGUCUUCUUCCAAUGCUUUCCAUGUAACUCAGUCUGAUAAUCUGGAUGAAAUGCUGGGAGUAUCGAUACCUGUUCCACAAGUAGUAUUCAAUAAAACCCAUUUUAUGAUUUGUAGCAGAAAUGGAUGUGAGCUGAAGAAAGCACAGAUUUCAUCAGCCAGCGAAGUGUUUUGUUGCAUCAUUGCCAUUUACUAUCUUAUGGACUUAGUUUUGCGCAAACACUAGGUGUUUUACAGGAAAUUAUUUUGAAAGACACUUUUCUUUACAAAUCACAUAAAGCAACCAACUAUUUAAAAAAAUAUGGUUUAUUAAA